CAGACCAGAGAGGAGAGAGAGAGAGAGAGAGAUGGAUAGAGAGACAUAGGGAACCAGCAGCAGGAGAACAGAGAACAGAGAACAGAGAACAGAGAACAGGAAUAUCCUCCUGAUCCAGACGUGCCACGACGCGGACGCACCGAGCUCUCCUCCGGCAGGGCCGCCGAGAAUAAGCAUCCAAGGCUCUUCUGCUCAAGAUGGCGGUGCAGGCAGCAGAAAAGGACGGAAUAUCACCGGUGCUGAAGAGUGUGGAGGAUGAGCACCUGAACGACUCUCUGGGGAACCCCGGCCUCAUCUCACCUGACAAGGAUAUAUCUCACCGGCUGACUGUUCCGUUCAGCGGCCGCAUCAGGGGCGGUAUGAGGCCAGGGAAGAAGAUCAUAGUGAUGGGCAUCGUGGAGCUGGAGCCAGAGAGCUUUGACGUGAGCCUGACCUGCGAACGGGACUCGGAGAAGGAGGGGACCCCUCACGACGUGGCCCUGAAACUCACCGCCCGCUUCGCUGACCGCCAGUUCCUGCGCAGCGCCCGCCUCUCUGGGAAGUGGACGGUGGAGGAGGCGUCCACCGACUACUUUCCCUUCAUCCCAGAUCAGCCUUUUAGGAUUGAGAUCCACUGCGAGCACCAGAGGUUCCGGAUAUUCGUGGACGGACACCAGCUCUUUGACUUUUACCACAAAGUAAAAUCUAUCUCCUCCAUCGACACGGUUCAGAUAAAAGGAGAUCUACACAUCACCAAGCUCGGUUAACGCCGCAUUCCUCCUGCUCUGCAAGUCCUGUGAGUGUGUGUGUGUGAAGGACUUGACCACAGAUCACCACACACACACACACACACACACACACACACACACACACACACACACACACACACACACACACACACACACAUGUGCGCCUGUUACGUCAUCAUCCAUAACCCAUCAUGCAACACUGCAGCAGCAUAAACAACUGGAAGAAAGGGCUCCGGCGGUAACAAGUUAGAGUUCUUCUGCUUCAUUCACUAAUACUCGUUCCUUUUCUAUUGAAGAUUAAGCUUUUGAGAGAAUGAAUGUGUUUUUCUCUUUGUAGCCCCAGUUUUUUGUCAGAUCAGGGAUCUCACACUUUAUUAAUAGCACAUUCAUUUUUCAUCCUUGAGGGGUGCAGAGGUAGAGGCAGGUGUGGAGUGCUCUCAAGGAAAAAUAAGUCUGAUGUUAUAGAAACCAGGUACUCAGGAACAAAUAUCUGACUCUGAGCAGCUGAUAUGUUGCUGAUGGGUGGAAAUCUCCAAGAUUUGAUGAUUGAUUAAAUGUUUUAAUUCUGCAACUCUUCCAAAACCUUUUUGGAUAAACUGGAAAAUGCAUGUUGAACAAGUUUAAAAAAAGACACUGGUCAUAGUUUGUGACAAAUGUGCUGCAAAAUUCUGCAGAAUCGGACCUGAGCAAUGUUCAAAUAUCCAAAUCUGGUCUCACAAACAUGAUUUUCCUUUCAGAUAACACUGUUAAAGUAAAAAUAUUGCAGGUGGUUUGAUGCUAACAGAAUAGCUCUACUUAUUGGUGCACUUAUCCUCUAAAACUCAAAUAUUCUGAUUACGAUAGAGAGCAGUAGUACAUGUUAUCUCUGUGCUGAGUUAACUCCGUCGGCGCUCCCCUGCCCUCCCUUGGGUUUAUCCCAGUUGUCACGGUAACAAGCUGCAGUCUCACCGACCUAAAUCCCCCGAAAUGAGGAUUAUAUCCUGACGAGAUGUCACAGGAAGCGUAUUAAGCGUAAUUGCAGGCGUUCUCCUGAAGAUAGAAAGUCCAGCGUGCUGAACAGGAAGUAGAAUUAUGUCUGUUUACUCUGGUGGACGAGGAGAAAGCAGCUUUUAAAAAGAGUUUGGAAUUUGAACUCACACAAGCAGAACGCAUUUGUUUCACGCAAACCUCUUCUGAAUCAAACACUAAACUGAUAUGCAACUAAUUCUUAAUUAGAAAGGAACUCUCUUCAGAACACAUUUAAAAGAAAUCGAAGUCAUAAGUGUGCAGGCGUUGAACUAAAACCUUCAGAUCCUGGUGGUUUUUUGAAUGUAUAGUAUUCAUGUUUCUAUAGUAGCAUAGAAGAUAUAGUGAUGCACAGAAUUGUUACUUACUGUCACAGUUUUUUGGUGGUUAUGGCCGGUGCUGUUAUAGUCUGUUUACAGUCCCACAGUCGUGUGUUUUAUGGCUUUUUAAAGUUUUUCCUGAAGCAUUCCACUUCAGAGUUUUGUUACAAAGCAGUUGCAUCCGAGUUUAAUGCAGCCAGCAGCUUUUUUUUUACAAGUCAAAGUCUUAACAAAUACUUAGAAGUUUUCUGCAAAGCAAAACUCACAGUAUUUAAAGUAUUAUGUCUCUGUUUACACCUUUUGAGAGUAUCAGCAUUCACACAUCUAUUAGAACUAAGUGAGACGUUCACUGCAAAGGGCUUAUUUAACUUAUGGAUUUAUUAAUGAAUAAUGCAUAAUUUACUAAUACGUUUAUAGAUCAUUUAUAAGCUAUUGAUAAGAACAGCUUCUGGAAUGUGAGGAAUCAUUUUGUGUUUCUAUUGUAUUUGGUUAUAAUGCAGUUAUAAAUGUUGAAAAAGGUUCCUGACUUCCCCCCUUUUUAAAUCUUAAAUUGUCGAUGUGGUCCUGCAUGAAAAACGCUAUAAUAAAAAAGCGAAAGGGGAUUUUUCAACCUGUCAACCCAGAAGUUGUUCCUAUUAAUGGCUUGUAAUUAUAUGAUCCAUAAAACAUGAGCUAAAUGUUUAUUAACCAUGAAUUAAAUCCUAUAUUUACAAUUAUUAGAAAGUCAUAGAUUGGAGCAGGUUGGAGAAGCUUAGAUCAUCUUUGGAGACGGACGUUAGAGUUCAUAUCAAACAGAAAAUUGAAUUCUUGCUCUUCAUGCUGUGUUCGUUUCCACGUUUUGAGCAGCUCGAAGCAAAGCGUAGUAGACUGUUUCACACGGCUGCAAACGACGUUUUUUACACCUCAGUUUAGAUCCGAACAACCUUUCUGCUGCUGUGAAAUUGGACAAAGCCAUGACAUCUGUGCAGAACAGGUGCACUGACUCUGUGACCUCUGCUCACAUUAACGAAGCCUUCUUUUUUUAGAUUUCUGUUUACAGACAGUACAACACAGAGAGGCUUCCAUGCAUUUAUACAAACAUGCACUGAGUGUUUAUUAGCAAUAAGGCCUCCGCUCUGGUGCAGAACUCGUUUUCUUCCUCAGCUCCUUUGAGCGCUGGUUUAUUUUUAGACACAAACAGGAAGUGAGUAGAGUUUGGUCUGAGAGGGCGACCAGAGGAGCAUUUAACAAAAUGAAGCGAGCCGGUUACGAUGCAGCUUUAAACUCCAGUGUUACAACAGAACAAACGUGUACAAAUAAUGUGUAAAAGUGUUGACCGGCUGUGGUUUUUUUGGAUACUGUUUUUGUGUUCUUUCUAUUAACUGGUGACCAUCCAAUUGUAAAGCUACCUGUAAUAAUGUUUAUAUACAACAUGUAAAAGAGUGUGUUUCAUGGACGUGUUAAAGAUUAGAGCUGCAAUGAUUAAUCGAUUAGUUGUCAACUAUUAAAUUAAUCGCCGGCUAUUUUGAUGAUUUGGUUUGGGUUAUUUUCCCCAAAAAAUAUCUGAAAUUUGUUUGAUUUUCAGCUUCUUAAAUGCAAAUAUUCUCUGUUUUCUUUACUCGAUGAAAGCAAACUGAAUGUGUUGGAGUUGUGGACAUAAGAAAGGAAGUUAUCUUGGGAUUUGGGAACACUGAUUCACUGACAUUUUAUAGACCAAACAACCAAUCGAUUAAUCGCGACAAUAAUGAAAAUAUUCGUUAGCUGCAGCUCCUCAGUUUGGAGUUGUAGUGGAGGGAGAUGGACAAUUCAAGACUCUGACCAGGGAGUGUGUUUGGUUUAUGUGUGUGUGAGUGUGAGUGUGUGUGUGCAGCUGAGCUGGGAGUGUGUUUUUUCUUACCAUAGCACGUUAAACUCUUCAUUAACAGACUGUUUUCCAGCUGUGUGUUGGGAUUCUUCUGCACAGUUUUGUUGCGGUGCAGCUACAUGAUGAGCUGGAUGUGGUACUGUUGCACUUUGCUGGUGUCCGCUGAAGGGACUCAGAACUGCUUAGCGUUCCAGUACAAAAAAAACAUUUUCAGUAUAUGUUAUUAGAAAACCUCAACAUAUAUUGUGUUUCUUGAAAUAUAAUGAUAAAUACCUGAACUCCUAAUGAUCCCACGUCUGCAAAAAAUGAUUCUUGCCUCUAAACUAUUUGUUUUAAUUGUUCUUUAACCCUUUAAAGGUGCAACUGAAUGUUAUUCUCAUCCUGAUUGUAAUCCGAUUAUAAAUAAAUACCCAGGUGGAAAUACUGUUGAUAUAUAGUAUAAAUGAAAUCGGCCACCCCUUCCUGUCGUCAAACCGUUUAUGAUCCGUGUGUUGACCUGCUUUUGGACUUUGGAUGUACAUAUUUAUAAAGGAGGCCCGGCGGGUUUUGUGUUUGACAACGAGGAACACCAAGUUAGAGUUACAAGCGUUUAGUUGUGCAUGUUAGUUUGUACUGGCGUCAAUGAUGAAGCAUGCUCUUUAAUUUUCUUUCCAUUUGCGUGUGUCAAGGGCAGAAAUUCCUUUGAACUUUUAUAGCCUAGUAUUUAUGAAAAUUACAGUUUACCUUACUAAAUUCUUUGAACACCUCCCGACACUCUAAGUAUCUAAAGCUGUUUUUUCUCCCCCAAGACUUUUAAAAACGACACAAUGACAAAAACCUACAUAACAUGUUGUGAGAACAUCCAUUUAGGAAGUGUCCUCUGAGUAGAAGUCGGCCUGUGUUGUGUGGUUGUACGUUCAUGUUAUCAGUUCUGUUUUUUUAACGGUGUAAUAACCAGCAGGGUUGUGUGUGUGUGUGGUAACGUCAUGCCUACUGUAUUGGUACUAUUUUAUGCUGUUUAUACGAAGGCAUCUUGAAAAAGGUUUUUUUAUAAUGAUGAAAGUAACUGAGGUCAAAUAUUAAACAUUGAAGAUUUCUUUCUUUUAAUCAUAAAACAAGAUCAACAGACAUUUUGACUUUUUCUUUCUGGGAUGUAAGAAGUCUGAGGUUCACCAGGUUUUGGCUGUGGAGGCUUUGAUCUUCUGGAAGUGUUUCAUGUCACCAAGCUUCAUGUCGGCUGUUUGAUCUGCUGAGCGACUGUCUGCUCGCUUUUUAAAAAUGCAGCUGCUCCAGAAACAAAAACCCAGCAGCACAGGUAUUUGAUGUGGUUGGGAUUCCCCAAAGUAUCCUGAGAUCACCCUGAUUAUGUGUCCCAAUGAAGAUGUGCACUGAACCUGUGUUUAGUUAAAGACAUUCUACCUUUUAGACCUCUCCAAAUGUUCUUUUUUCCUCCUCAUGCUUUUGUAAAAAACGCUACUUUACAAACAAAUAAACUUCUCA